AUGAAUACUGUUAUCAAGAAUACUUAUGAAGUGAGUGUUGUUACUUUUGCUCAAGCUAUUAAUAAAAAGUUGAAAACUGUUUUUGCAAAUAUGCCAAAAGAGACUUCUUCUGUUAAUAAUAAGCCAGAUACAUUAAAUGGUGAAGUUAUUAAAGCUCUUCAAGAGAUUUUCUUGAUCUUGAAAGAAAUUCAGGAAAUUCAAGAGAUAAACUUUGUUACAGUUUCUGAUAUAAAGAAUACUCUUUAUUUGAAAUGUUCUUUUAAUGAGCAACAAAAUAUGGCAUCAAAGAGUGUGUCUUCUUCUCAUGAUAUGACUCCAACACAAAUCAUCAUUUCUGCAAAGCCAAGCAUGCCAGUGGUCAAAAAUCCCAAUGCCAACAAGAAGAAUGCUGAAAAGAAUAAUGUUAACAACAAGAAUGUCAACAAGAACAAUGCCAACAAGAAUAAUGCUGACAAGAAUGAUGCUGACAAGGAUGUCAAUAACAAGAAUGCCAACAAGAAGGGUGCUGAAAGUAAGAAUGCUGAAAAAGCUGAUACAAAUGUUACUUCUAAUGUUAGCAGCAAAGAUUUCCAAAACUGGUUUUUCAGUCAGGGUGAUCUAUAA